AUGAACGUCUCGCCGGCCAUUCUCGAUGCGCCGAACCGGUGUCCUCGUGGCUCCCUCAACGCGUACACCAACCUGGCCGAGAUCCGCGACUCGCUUGACCUACUGUGGCGCAAUAACCGAUCCCGGUAUAUAGCCGAGGUCGGCACGCAGGUCACGGGCUGCUCCGCGGGCUACCAAUCCACGUGUUGCACGACCGACUCGGCCGUCGUCGACCAGCGCCCAGGGUGGCGGCGCCGGACCUGGCAGGCCGGCGCUAUAAAUGACUUCUACAAGGGCGCCUUAACAACGACGGCCGCCGCCGCCGCGCGGCGCACGUACAGGGAUGCAACUGGAAUAGCAAUCGGUUCACGUCAGCCCGACCACAGCCGGGCUUUCUACCAGUGCCGGUGA